UGCAAACAAUAUGCAAUGCAACUGUUUAUCUUUUUCACUUGGACCCAUUUCUUUAAUAUGGGAAAGAAUUAUAAGUACUUAGUAGUUCACAGCUCAACCCACCUCUAUUUCAAACCUCUCAAUUCAUCACAUUUUUUCUUCAAACACUCCAUCAACAAUAAUUUCUCUUCCCCAAUGGACAUGGAAGAAUCAAACCCUAUGGAAACACAACUUCAACCAACCUCUUCAUCAUCCUCUUUCUCCAUUACUGCCUCCACCUCCACCUCCUCCUCCUCUUCCUCCGUAGACCAACAACCCUCAAACACCAAGGACAAAAAAACCAAGAAAACCAACGUUAACACCAAUCAUGGCAACCACCCCACGUACAGAGGAGUGCGCAUGCGCCAAUGGGGCAAAUGGGUCUCCGAAAUCAGAGAGCCCAGGAAGAAGUCAAGAAUUUGGCUCGGAACUUUUCCCACGCCGGACAUGGCGGCGCGAGCCCACGACGUGGCGGCUCUCACCAUCAAAGGCAGCUCCGCCUUCCUCAAUUUCCCCGAAUUAGCCGCCGAGCUGCCCCGCCCGACCACGAACUCCCCCAAGGAUAUCCAAGUGGCCGCCGCCAAAGCCGCCGCCUUGGAUUUCCGCCCUCGAAGCCAUGAAGCGGAAUCCGAGCUGAGCCGAGGCGGCUCCAUUUCCAAUUCUUCGUCGAAUUCUUCGUUGAAGAGUGAGGAUGACACAUUCAUGGACCUCCCCGAUCUCUCUCUGGACUUGAGCCAUGGAGUUGAUAAGUUUCAUUAUUCCUCGGCUUGGCUCGUAGCCGGAAGCGAACUGGGGUUUCGGCUUGAAGAGCCUUUUCUUUGGGAAUCAUAUUAAGUUACGUUACAGAAGACAAGUAGGCCAAUUUUCUUUCUUUUGAUGUUUCUUUCUCUUUUUUCCUUUGUUCCUUUCGCUUUUGGGCUACUUGCUACUACAUCCUUGAAAGAAUGGAUUGAAGUAUCCGUCGAAUAUGGCAGCAUGACGUGGGGGUGUCAAACUUCAGUAAAUAAUCAAGUUUCAAUAAACCCACUCCAAAGGUUUUUAUGCAAGAAUUUCUGUAAAUACUUAAAAACCCAUCUUUCAUUUUCAGAGGAGGUAGCUAAGCUACGUUCAUAUUCCUCAAUUUGUCGUAAAUUUCCUUCACCUGUCAUCUGUAUAUCUUUUUCUCCUGUUUGUCUAAUUUUAGUUCAAUCAUGUAUGGGUGAAUGUGGAAUAAAGUUCAGCUGGGUAUUAUUUUUUUUUUAUGUA